AACAGAUAUUUAAAAAGAAAAAAAAAAAAUUCUGGCGUCAAAAAAAUUUCAAUAAAAAACAAAGCCAAUAAGGCAGAAUUAAAAGUGAAAGAAUCGAAAGAAAUAAAAGUAACAGAAUCGAGGUAUCUUCAAAUUCUCGAUAUUUCUUGUCAUCUUCAAACAGAAAUUGAUGAAGCGACUAUACACAUUUUAUUUUUUAACAAAUAAUGCCGUUAGUUUUAACAAUAAUUGUUUUCUCAACAGCGUUAACUGGAAUUCAUUCACAAAGUAUUCAAAGUAAUGAAAUUGAACCAAAACUCAAGCAAGCUGCAAUAAUAUUCUCGCAAGUUUUAGACUUCCAUUUAAACAAGUUAACAAAUUACAAAAAGUUGAACGAAAUAUUUAGGAACGUGUCAAACAUAGCAAAGUAUAAUAAAACAAAUGGACAAGAAAUUUUGGAUAAGUUUGCAAAUGACAUUGAAAAAAUAUUUUCCAAAAAAAAAGUUCUACUAAAAAAUUUAGAAAAAAAUGUAGUAAAUUUAAGAAAUAAUUAUACAUAUGAUCCAAAGAUUGAGAGGUUUGACUACUUAAGUUCACGCUUUGUAAACAACUCGAAUAACAAAAAUUCUAUUGUAAAAAUUGUAAAGGAAUUUCCGACUGAUGUGCCUAUCAACCAAAGUGAAAGUUUUGUGCAUGUUCCCACAAACAUAUAUGAGUAUAAUAAAUAUACACUAAACACUGUGAGAUGGACUGAACCACUCAACAAAGUUUUCAAAGAUAAUGAAAAAUCGAAAGAAAAUAAUGAUAGCUCAGUUGUUCUCCAAUACUUCUGCGAUGCGUCAGGACUUUUGCGUAUGUAUCCCGGGAACUUAAAUGGAUUGAACGAUACCAACGUUGAUUUAUUUGACUGUAGACGUCGGCUCUGGUAUCAACAAAGUGCUGCAAGUCCAAAAGAUGUUGUUAUUUUGAUAGAUAAUUCUGGUUCAAUGACUGGAACUAACAUAGUGAUUGCAAAAAUAGCAGCAAAAUCAAUAAUUGAUACCUUGGAUGAAAAUGAUUAUUUUAAUGUAAUAUUUGCCGGUGAAGAUCCAUCAAUGGUAUCUAAUUGUGCAAAUUAUUUGAUCCAAGCUACUAAGUUUAAUAAAGAAAAAAUUAAACUGGCUAUGAAUAAAUUUAAUGAUCAAAAAGGUGUUUUAAAUAUUGAAAAAGGUGUUGAAAAGGCAUUCAAAACAUUAAAUUCAGGACUGGAGUAUAACAGAACAUAUUCAUCUCGUUGCAACAAGAUCAUUCUGUUUUUUAGCGAUGGUAUUGAAGGAGAUUACUCUAACACAGCUAAAAGUUUCUUUGAUAAAUGGAACAACGAUAAGAGUGUCAGAGUUUUUACUUAUCUUGUUGGAAGAACAAAAAAUCCAAAUGAUAGAGUUCUUAAAGAAAUGGCUUGUAAUAAUCGAGGUCACUUCUAUCAAAUUCAAACACUUGGAAAUGUUUGGGAUACUGUGAUACAGUAUUUAGAAGUACUAAGUCGACCAAUUGUUCAACACAAAGGAGAUGUUCAACCAAAAAUAUCUCCAGUAUACUUGGACAGUAGUGGGGCUGGUAUGAUUUUAACAAUGUCUCUUGGAGUUUUUAACUCGACUAAUCUUGUAGGCGUUGUUGGAUUGGAUAUGUUAAUACGUGCCUUAACGCAGUUGGCUCCAAUAAGUGAACUAGGGUAUUUUAGUCACACAGUUAUCAUCAACAGCAACGGAUUUAUAGUACAACAUCCCAAAUACUUAGAUCAAACUGGUUACUUACCUUUGCCGACCAAUGUGUAUUUUGAAGAUUUGGAAUACAGCGUAAAUAAGCCUGAUUCAAAGAAUUUAAAAAAUAGUAUAUUAAAAGGAGAGAGCAGUAGCAUUCGAUUUUUAACAUAUUGGUUGUAUGAUAACAAUACCAAGAUUGCUGAAAAUAAUGUUACCUAUUACUAUAAACCUGUUCUUAACUCCACACUCUUUGUAUCUCUUGCAAUUAGUGAUGUCGACAUUAACAAUGUUACAUUGAAAAAUUUGGACAAGACUAAUACAGCCUUAUAUUAUAUGGGGAUUGAAGCUCUAAAGGUCUUUGACGAUUUAAAUUAUUACACUUAUGUGGAUAUACCAAAUUGGAGAUUUUGCAAUAAUUCAGCGAACCGGGGAGAUGCUACUUUAGACCUUAAGGUAUAUCCAAAUGCCAGUGAACUUCAAGAUUAUUUAAAAAAUGUUGAUAAAAAUGAAGUUUUAAAUAUAGAUAGUCCAUUAUGCAAUACUGAGUUAACGCUCGAUUUACUUAUAAAUGCUGCAUUAGUUAUUGGACCUGUUACUGAUAGCUGGCAGGCGUAUGUUAAUAACCAAAACUCAAAAGACCCAAACUUUAAGUCAGUAUUUGUUUGUACAGGAGCAGGAUAUACAAGAUAUUUUUCUCUCAACAAUCAAUCACAUAUACGUGAUUCAUUGCGAACAUCUGUAUUUGAAAAAGCGGUUGCUAUGCCAGAUUUUUCUAUAAUUGCGUCGUCUCCAGUCCGCUCUGUUUUUAAUGACGAUGUUUUUUUUAUUCAAAUUUUGGCUUCCACGUGGAUGGAAAACAACGGAGAACGUAUUUUAAUGGCUGUUACCGGUGCAGAAAUAAAUUCUGGAUUUCUAAGAGAUUUAUUGAACAACGCUACCAACUCAAUUGGCCGCGAUUGUAGUAAAAACGAUUCAAUUACAUGCGCUUUAAUAGAUCAGAAUGGUUUCAUUCUGGUUAGCAAUCAAGGGACCAGAUCAAUAGGCAAAUUUUUUGGUCAAUAUCAUUCAAAAGUUAUGAAAUUUUUUGUUGAGAAAGGCAUAUUCAAACAAAUAAACCUUGUUGAUCAUCAGGCAUCUUGCUCUGAAAGUAUAUACAACGAUUCUGCUGCUAAUUUUUUUCUGACUCCUGCAAAAAUAAUUCUUGGCACUUUAAAUUGGUUGCUUAGUUCAGUAUGGAGACUAAUUGUUCAAGCCGUUGUGUUUGCUGUACAAAUCUUGUUAAAAAAAAGUACAAUAGUUAGCUCACAAAACGCAAACUCAAUAAACAUAAGUUGCACUAAGAAUAUGAUUUUCUUUCUAUUUCAAAAUACCAUGUGGAAUAAAUUUUACAACGAGGAAAUAUAUCGAAAAACUACCAUGGAAAGAAGUGAAACUUUAUUACGUGUUCCCUGCUCAGCUUUUACCGUUCAAUAUUUUUCGUUGACACCAGUACCAAACACAAAUCUUCUAUUUAUCAUUGUUGAUUCUCCAUCUGAUAGCAACUGUAAUACACCUAUGAAUCUUGUGGAAGAUAUAGACCAACAGACUGAGUUUUGUCAACAAAAUGAAUCUUUUCGAACUUAUCCAAGCAUUUGUUACAGCGAUAGUGUUUCGGAUGAAGAAAAACCUGAGUUUUGUGGAAAAUGUGAUCAAUUUCAUUCAUCUGUUGUCUUGAUUUUUGUACUAUUAACAAUUUUAGUAUUUUUUUAAGUUAUAAUUAUUUGUGCGA